AUGUCAGUGUUGACUCUGCUUCUCUUCGCUCUACUGACAGCUGAAGGAGACUCAAAGUGUCGGUUGUACGGCUCUGAGAAUCCGCCAGAGCUGUUCCAGGACGGUGACCUUGUUAUCGGAGGGAUCUUCUCAUUCCGUACGGGGCAGGACUACACCGUUAAUACGUUUGAAAGUUUUCCAGAAAUGCGGAAAUGCAAAAACUUUAAUUUCAGAGAAUUCAAGUUUGCUCAAACCGUGAUAUUCGCCAUAAACCAGAUCAACGCCAACCCUGACAUCCUCCCGAACAUCAAGCUUGGCUACAAAAUCUACGACAGCUGUGGAACUAUGGACAUCUCACGCGCGGCUUUGGCUCUGGUGAGUGGACAGAAGGCGGAAAUCCUCGAUGGGAAUUGCACCAACAGCCAGUCAGUCCAGGCGAUCCUGGGACACUCAGGAUCUCGUCCGACCAUCGCAUUUGCCCGAGUGGUUGGUCUUUUCCGCGUGCCAGUGAUCAGCCACUUUGCCACGUGUGCCUGCCUCAGCAACAGGAAAGAGUACCCGACUUUUUUCCGAACUAUCCCAAGUGACUACUACCAGAGCCGUGCCCUGGCAAAGCUGGUCCGGCACUUUGGUUGGACCUGGAUUGGAGCCAUCGCUGUGAGAAAUGUAUACGGCUUCAACGGCAUUUCUGCAUUCAUCCAAGCUGCAGAGGAUUACGGAGUCUGUGUCGAGUAUUCAGAAGCCUUUUCCUCCUCAGACCCGCCCGAUGAGUUGAAUAGAAUAGUGACAGUCAUCAAAAAAGCCACCUCUAAAGUCAUCGUGGCUUUUGUGUCUCACAGAGAGAUUAAAUUGCUGGCAGAUGAGCUGUACAGACAGAACAUCACUGGGCUGCAGUGGCUCGGAAGUGACGCCUGGAUCACAGAUCACUCUCUCACUGACAUCCAGGGCCAAAGCGUCCUGUUGGGAUCUCUCGGGUUCACAGUCAGCAAGGCUGAAAUCCCAGGGCUGGGAGAAUACCUGAGGCAGCUCCACCCGACUCAAUUUCCCGAGAGUCGGUUUGUGCGGGAUUUCUGGGAGGAAGUGUUCGACUGCUCUCUCAAUGGAUCAGAGGGCAAGAGGCCGUGCGACGGCUCGGAGACUUUACACAGUGUCCACUCGCAGUUCACUGACGUGUCAGAGCUGAGAUUCACCAACAACGUCUAUAAAUCAGUCUACUCUGUAGCUCACGCUCUCGACAAUCUACUCAACUGCGAGGAAGGCAGUGGGCCUUUUCCCAACGGGAGCUGUGCUGAUCGUAAACACAUCCAGCCCUGGCAGGUGCUGCACUAUCUGAGCACGGUCAACUUCACCACCCGGGCUGGAGAGAGGGUUUACUUUGACAGCAACGGUGACUCUCCGGCCAGAUAUGAGUUAGUUAACGUACAGACGACGGACAGAGGAAUCAUGGCGGGAACAACAGUCGGCAUUUACGACGCUUCCCUGCCGGAGGGUCAACAGUUCAUCAUGAAUGAAAAACCUGUCACGUGGGGUGGUGGUCACUCGGAGAUACCCUUGUCAGUCUGCAGUCAGAGCUGUCCUCCUGGGACCCAGAAGGUCCUCCAGAAAGGAAGACCUGUCUGCUGCUACGAUUGCAUCCUCUGCCCGGCAGGAGAGAUCAGUAAUGUGACCGAUUCCAUAAUCUGCCUGAAGUGCCCUGCAAGGUUCUGGUCCAACACACAAAGAGACACCUGCGUCCUGAAAGAAGUGGAAUUUCUAUCCUACAAAGAAAUUCUUGGUGGUCUUUUAGUCUUGUUUUCCCUCCUGGGAGUUUUUCUGACAAUGAUUGUCACGCUGGUGUUUUACUGCCACAAAGAGACUCCGUUGGUACGGGCCAACAACUCUGAGCUGAGCUUCCUCCUGCUCUUCUCGCUCAACCUGUGCUUCCUGUGCUCCCUCACCUUCAUCGGGCGGCCCAGUUCGUGGUCGUGCAUGCUGCGUCACACUGCGUUCGGCAUUACUUUCGUGCUCUGUAUCUCAUGCGUGUUGGGGAAAACCCUCGUGGUGUUGAUGGCGUUCAGAGCCACACUUCCAGGCAGCAAAAUGAUGAAAUGGUUCGGGCCUGUUCAGCAGAGAAUCAGUGUUGUUGCUUUCACUCUUGUCCAAGUCGUGACCUGCAUCCUCUGGCUCAGCAUCAACCCUCCAUUUCCCUCCGAGAACAUGCUGCUGUACAACGAUCGAAUCAUCCUGGAGUGUGAUCUGGGUUCGGCGGUGGGCUUCUGGGCUGUGCUCGGGUACAUCGGACUUCUGGCCCUGCUGUGUUUCGUGAUCGCCUUCUUGGCAAGAAAGCUGCCGGACAAUUUCAACGAGGCCAAGUUCAUCACCUUCAGCAUGCUGAUAUUCUGCGCCGUCUGGAUCACCUUCAUCCCGGCGUACGUCAGCUCCCCCGGGAAGUUCACCGUGGCCGUGGAGAUUUUCGCCAUCCUGGCUUCCACUUACGGACUUCUGUUCUGUAUAUUUUUACCCAAAUGCUUCAUCAUUUUGUUUAAACCCGAACUCAACACGAAGAAACAUAUCAUGGGGAAAUCGGCUAACACUGAAGUACGUUACUGA